AUGACAUCCCAACUUGAUAAGGUGUUCGAGCAUGAGUUGGAUGUUGUCCAGUCGUUGAAGGGAACCCUUAGCAAGAAGGACAAGAUACACUUUUGUAAGUGGAUCUCGCGGUUACAAUACAUCUGCAGAACAAAACACGAACGGACUAUCCGGAAUCGUUAUCUCGAGCUUCUUUCGCUUCAGAUCCAGCUCCUAGGGCAUCUGGAGGAGCCAUUCACGCGACUACCGCUGGAGGGUAAUCUGGAGUCCAUUCCUAGCUACUGGUUGGAGCGAUUGCAGAAGACCCGCGCAGGCCUCAGCCGGGGUCGCUCCCCACAGCCUCUGGUCCACGAGCGGCAGGGGCCACAAUCUCCACGAUUUUCUCACAUGGGAAUAGGACAACACGUCUCUUCUCUUCCACACCAGUUUGGAGAUCACCGGCACGUCAGCUUUGGCGAAGAUAACGCCAAUCCAGACGGGUAUGCAUACGUUAGCAGCGCCUUGGGGGGAAACCUUUCGAACUCAGGCGUCCACACAGACUAUAAACAUGAACUGCCAAAAGGACAGCAGCAGGCGGAGUUCCCACUGUCUUCUUUUAAGGGGGCGUCGUUUACAUCGCAGUCUUUUGCCGACGAGCCAGCGCACGCUAUUACGAUGGCUGCACAGAGAGACACUCCAACCUUUGACACUAUUAAGGCAGCCAAGCGUGCAAGAUACGAUACCCCGGAUGCCAGCUUGAUGCGCGAUUCUUUCCCUGACAUUCAGUACUUACAACUUACGCGGCCGCCACUAACUGACGCGUUGUCCAAUAGGAUGAAUACAUUGCUGCAGCACGAAAUCCCAACACACCUGCAGGGACACAAUCAGAUGCAACCUCACUCCUUACAGAGGGGAGCGACCAACAGCGAUGCAGACGAAGCAAAUGGAUAUAAUAUCUCGAUUGCAGAGCUACGUGCCGUGCCCGAGGCAGUGCCUAGUAUGGUUGCAAGCGUUCACAAGCUAGUCGCUUCUGUGAUAGAUAACAGCUCCGUGGUCCACCAGUUCGGUAGUCCUAGCAGGAGCUGCUCUGGACUGCCGAGAGCUACUGAGCAGAGCCUGUCUGUGGAAAGCAUUCGGAGCCGCAGAAUCCUGUCAGCUUCACGUAUGGACAACGGCGCCGCUCCUGCUCUUGCGACUGAACAGCGCUAUGUCGUCGCUGCAACAAUAGAGGCGCCUAUUUCUGCGCACACAUCAAGGAGUGGAACGGCCGCGAGCACACGGUCGGCACGGGGCUCCGAGGCCCUUGCUGAUCCUCCUAUCGUGACUGCCUCUCAGCGAGACCUGGGCGGCCAUCCUGCCACUACUUUAACGGACGAUGGGCCAGACUGCCACGUUACCACAAUGAAUGUGCUGCACGCCUCGCAAGCACUGAUAGAGCCGUCCGAGGCUCGUCCUGUUUUAUCGCCCCGUCGUAGCGCUGUCAGCUAUGUAACCUCUGAGGUCCAUGCAGAGCCGCUUCCCACAGACUCUCGCCCUGAUGGCACUACCGAAUCCGUUACCUAUAGAACGCAAAAGGACUAUGCAACGAGCGAACCAAGCUCUGUUGUGCACAGCUACACUAAAGACGGGCUGGGCCCGACCAUUGUAUCAGAUGCGCUUAUGACUUCGACAGACGUGUCUCUGUCAACAGAAGCUGUUGCAGAUGCGGAUUCUGGGGUAAGAACGCUUAUUAUCAAGCCGCGCACGUCUUCCUCUGUUCCAGAGCUAGCUUCUGUCCAGGUAGUUGGGACUAUACCACUGAGAGGACCGGAGUCAUUUUCAGUUGCGCCUCCCUCAGCUCAGCAGGAUAACAAUGGAACGGAAAACGAGCCCGCUCCUACUGUUCUUUGUGCGCCGUUAGCAAUAGCAGACACUACUGCUGUUCAGGAGACUGAGAACGAGGUCCUGACCGCCAUCACUGAACUUCCUGAAGUGGAUGCACAGACACUUUACUUAGAAGGAACACAUCAGGACGACCACUUGAUAAAGCCUGUGAAGGCAGACUUUGUUCCUCAUGUCAUUCCCACGAGCUCUCCAAGAAGUGGGAGCUACAAGUCCGUCAUGGCUCUAGAUAAGGGUGACAUUUCCCCUGCUAGGUCCCCCACAGGUAGUGCCGAUUCCAGGCACAAAAAGCCGCGGGUGCGACUCUUACCCACUGAUUCGCAUGAGCCUGUGCGGAAAUUAGAUACCAGCGCGUCUUUGACCCCAGAUGCAGUAGUAGCCCAGCCAAGCGGACAAGCAAGUUGCGUCGUUGCCAAGUCAUCGCCCCGGCGGAUGGCAGGACAGAGUCUAUAUUCAGACCUCCUGUUCAGCCGCAUGGAGUCGCUGGCCUCUUCAAUCUCUCAGUCAAUUCUUGAGUCUAAAGGUCCAAACCCAGACCUUAUCACGCAGCCCCCGAUGCCCAAGCAAGACCCGGACCUGGUGGAGACGCUACUGACCAAGAAGGAAGGGGCAGGUUCUAGUUUCGUUGCGCCCGACUUGGCAGACGCGGAGGACAACGUUGAUCAGUCACUUUACUUUGUUGUCACAGACAAGCGAGGUCAGGACGUCCUGUCCCCAGACACGGUUACAUGUGAGGCUGCUGGCCGCCGCCUAAUCAACUCCAGCCCCCCAGAUGACGACGAGGCCGCCGUGACGGCGAUAAUGAGCACGUACCAGCAUUUCGGGCAGCGGACCUUCGAGGAGCGCAGUCCUAGCUCUGACUUUGAUGAACCAGAGCCUCCCAUGGUUGUUUGCGACGCGGGAGAUGCCCCGCCGGUCGUGAUAAGGGCCGGGGCCGUUGCGCCGCCCAUGUCCUUCGAGGAGAACAUAGCCCUGCUGCAGAGCGCCAAGCAGGACGGCUGCAUCUCCUAUUCGCGGAGCCGCGCCGGGUCCAGGGCUCUCUCUCUGAGCCGGCGGAGCGUGUCGGCAGGCCGGCGCUCCGAGGCCCCGCCUCUGCAGCCGCAGCGUCACUGUAAAUAG